AAUGGAUACUAUACUGUCGACUUUAAGAUUAAGGAAGAAGGUUAGGAGAUCAGAAUUGGAGAAUGUUGAAGAAUUUUUAUCUUCUAAUGAAUCGUUGAGAAAACUUGAUUUUGAUACUUUUUGUUCUAAGGCUUUUUAUUGGUAUUGUUUUCCAAGAAAACCGGGUUUAGAAUCUCGCUAUUUUUUCAGGAAGCAAAAUUUUUGUAUGCCAAAAAUUUUGCAACCUGAUGGAGCGAGCGGAGAUCACUUGGUACUUAAACUUAAUAGAAAACGUCAAUUGAAGAUAAGGGAUGUUAGGAAAACUAAUUCAAAAUUGGCUGGGCAUCUUCUAAAUGUGGAUGGGACUCGAUAUCAAUUACCGAAAACUUUUAGACCCGACUCGUGCGUUACUUGCACAACGCUUGCUGCAAGGGAUAAUCUGUAUGUUUUUGAGUGUCAUAAAAGAUCAAAUACUGGACCUGUUGUCGAUCAGAGAUUGCAAAGAAUUAUUUUAGCCAGAUUUAUUAAUGAUAGCAUACAACUUAUUGGAGAUUUGGAAUUGGCAUUAUCAAACCAAAGUCACCAUAUUGACAUUGCCCUAAUUGCACCAGAUUUAAAGUCGGUCUUGCUCAUAACAAGUCAAAAAGUCUAUUUAAACGAGGACGAGCAAGCUUAUCCCAGAGUGGGUGCUGUCAAUAUACUAGGACAUGCUGGAAAAAUACCUUUAUAUACAACAGCACUAUGGACCGAUGAAGCUGUUCGAAAUAGGAGAAUAUUUGCAUAUGACAAUCGUUUCCCCAACAAUGUCGUCUAUUCAUUUUCCAAGAACUAUAUCCAGUGCUACGAUUUCGUUACUGACAAAGUCAUUCAAAAAGGUCAAUUACCCAAUGAGAUACUUCUUAGAGACUAUCGCGUUGUCCAGGUCACGACAUCGGCUUCAGGUCGACUUGUAUCUCUACAAAUUUUUAGCUGUUCACCAAAUAUUGUUAAAAAUAUGACGUUGAUUAUUUCAACUAAAGAUUUGCAAGCAAUCCUCUCUAUAAAAUAUCAUGAAAUUUGUCCGAAUCAUUUAAUUUACUGGAAUACCAGCUAUUUUCCAAUAUUUUCGGAAUGUGAUUCACUUAUUGCAUUAACAGCUUCUCAAAGAUCAAAUGAUGAUAAGAGGAAACCCGAUAUAGUUGUAUUUAAAUUGCCAGUUAUAAUGGAAUCGUUGAAAUCGCUUUGCAGGCGAAAAGUUAUAAGAACAUUUCGAUUAUCGCGUAUAGAAAAGUUAGGUUUACCGUCGAAGCUAGUCAAAUUCUUAAAGAAUGAACAUUAG